AUGGUCGUCGAGUUAGAGGAGUUGCUUGACGACUUGCAUCAGGAAGCUGAGACAAAUGACGUUCGCGCGGUCAUCAUCGCCAGCUCGCUGAACGAGGUCUUUUGCGCAGGUGCAGACCUGAAGGAGAGAAGUCAAAUGGAUACUGAGAGCACUCAGAGCUUCUUAAGCCACAUUCGCCGGGUCUUCUCCUCGUUGACGAGCCUCCCGAUCCCCACCAUCGCCUGCGUCUCGGGUUAUGCGCUUGGAGGUGGGUUGGAGCUCGCGCUCUGCUGCAACUUUCGCGUAUUCUCAAGCAAUGCCGUUGUCGGCCUACCAGAGACACGAUUGGCCAUCAUACCAGGGGCGGGCGGCACCUUUCGUCUGCAACAAGUGGUUGGAGCAUGCCACGCUCUGGAUAUGAUCUUGACGGGCCGUCGGGUCGGUAGCAAAGAGGCAGGACAGAUGGGGCUGUCAACCCGUACUGUUGAAGUGGGCGACGGCCACGCAGACGAUGCUGAAUCCCUGAGACGCUCGACUUUGGACGCCGGCGUGUCACUGGCGAAGGAGAUAGCUUCAGGCGGACCCCUUGCAACGAAGGCGGCGCUGCGGGCAGCGGCUGGAGCGUGUGAGGAUGCCGAGAAUGCCGCAUAUAGCUCAGUACUCAGGAGUGAAGAUCGAAACCGAGCCCUAGAGAGCUUCAGCAAGCGCGGAACGGCAUUGGAAUUGGAAUUCCUCGGCCGGUAG